AUGUCAACCGAAAAUGAAGACGUUCAAAAGACUAAAAGAACCAUCCUCUCGUAUCCAAUGAAUUGGGGCAAGUCAUCCUUACCUCCAGCCCUCCUAGCAACUCUCAUAACAGCCCUCCAUGCGAAACCCUUCCAGCCAUUACCCAUGCUCUUCCCACCACUACUCCUCUUCGGCUCCUAUCUGAAUCUCUCUUCCUUCGUCGUGGAUUCCGCAGGCAUGACAGCUGCGUGGUCGGGCCUAUAUCUUUUAUUAGCGAGUAGGAGGAAGAAUUCGGGACGAAACAGGGUGUCUAGUCGAUUCAGCGCGAGAGGUCUGACGAGAGGCAGUGCGAUGAUGCUUGCUGGAUGUAAUGUAGUCGGUGGUGGGGUUACCUAUGCCUUUGGAAACCGGUCAGAGCUCGAUAAGAGAACGAUUUAG